CGGGCGGCAACAAAACUCUGUGCCCCCACUCUUUAUCUCUCGGGCGUUCCAUGCCAGUGUGUCUCUGGUCCGGUUCUAUUUAAUCCUCAAGACCCGGUUUCCUCAGGUGUUCACCUGAACCUUAGAAGCAGAGGGGAAGCCCAGUCGCGAUGGCAGGAGGGAAGGUGUGCUCGUUUGAAGAAGUGCGGAAGCACAGCGACCGGAAGGAUUGCUGGCUCGUCAUCUCUGGCAAGGUGUACGACGUCACGGCGUUCAUGGACGAGCACCCCGGCGGGGACGAGGUCCUGCUGGCUUGCACCGGCAAGGACGCGACGGCCGACUUCGAAGACAUCGGCCACAGCGAUUCUGCCAAGGAGUUGAUGUCGCAGUACUGCAUCGGGGAAGUCGACGCCGCCACUGUCCCCGGCAAGCUUGUCCACGCCGUCCCCACGAAGGUCGCCGCUCCCGCACCAAGCACGAAACCGGGCGUCUGGCUCACGGUGUUGCAGCUCGCCGUGCCCGUCCUGCUGGUGGUCAUGGCCUUCGCGCUCCAGAACUGGGCCAAAACCAAAACAGAGUAGACGGUAGAACAAAAAAAACAGAUUCCGUCGUGGAUUCCGUCGUGCUGCAGGGCCUGCAGCCUCUUGGAAGUGUCUGGGCGUCCAAGUAGCUGUCACUUGUCAAGGUGACAAGUGUUUCAUCCCAACCACUGCAAUUGUUGAUUUGUAGUUUUAUAUACGGAAGAGAGUGUGUGCUGUACUGGUGAUUAAUUGUUGGUCAAUAAGAUGGAGUAUGAUAUGUUUCUCAGCGUUA